AUCAGUAGAACUAGACCAAGGUCGAGUUGAUGGAAUCACUAGCUCGGCACAUCUGUUGGUAUAUAAGACCCAACUCGGUUGCAUCUAUGAAAAUAGUUGCAUUUUGUAGUUGCCCAAGAAUACGAAAAGGAUUUCAUAAACAUGCUUUUGAAAUGCACGUGGCUCUUGGUGUUGGUCCUGUCACUGAUGGCAGGCGCCUUUGCCAGCAGCGGAUGUCCUGCAGGAUACACUGCCGAGAACAAGCGGUGCACCAUCGAGCGUCCUGUUCACGGCUCCUGUCCCCCCGGAUCCUCCUACAGCCUGAACAUUAACAAGUGUGUCCACUCAUAAAGAUUUCAAUUUUUAACUCAAUGUGAAAACAACAAUGUGAACUUUAUAUCUCUCAGAUAAGUGUAGAGUUUUUUAAAAAAUAAUAUAAUGUACUAAACAGAAA